AUGGACUCUUCGUCGCCUUGGGAGCAGCACGACGGGAGCGAAGAUGAACAAGGAGAAUCAGACUCGGACAGGCAAGGACAAGGCAAAGGCUCUCCAAGCCAAAGUCGACGACCUCACCACACUGCACUCGGGGCUCGACAGGCAGUCGCAACGCUCGUAAGGACCUUACCAUCACGGGGCCGACUGCUCAACGAGUCAAACGCAGUACUCGAAUCCAGCGAAGGCAAAUCCGGCAAAAAGAAAUCUCGUUCCUCAAAAGAACCUGGCCCAAGGAUCUCCCGCCAACCCAAAGGCCUCCACUCUCGGUACCCUAAGUCAAGGCGGAGAGAGAUAAAGCAAAAUCUCAGCCGAGCAUAUCGCGAUCUUCUCAAUGCCGAUAUCGAAGAUGCACGGCGGCGGUCGAGCGGCAAGGCAGUAUCGCUAGACUCUUCGCAGAUUGGACGAUCGUACUGGACUGCGCAUGAGAAGGACUGUCUUUUCCGCAGAAUCGAGCGCACGGGGCUGCGUGAUCUCAAGGAUUUAAAUCAAGCGGUGCCAACGAAAAGCGAUGCAGAAAUCAAGGCCUACUUGCUGCUACUUGACGAAAGUCUAUCAAGCUCUGCCACUUACGGUACUUCUACUGAGCAACUUGACAUGAGCGACGUGCCAGCAGCCUCUGAAGUCCCAUCUGACCUCGAUAACCUCUUCAUGAACAACGGUGAGGAUGAGGAACAGAACUGGCAUCACCUCGAUGCGCUCUCAACAGACAUCGACGGUCCAGCCAUGUUCAGAUCGGCUUUGACAGACUUACACGACCUUGCAAUCGGUCUUACCCGCCGGCUUGUGCAAGUUGUCAUCUUUCAAGCCAUGUCGAGGCUUCGCGCUGAAGAUUCAAUCAGGAAAGACUGGACCCCAUCUGCGAAUAUACGUGAUGCUGAUGUGCAUUCUGCCCUGGAUCUGCUCAACAUGCCACGAAGCGGGGAACGAUAUUGGGCAAGCUGUGCGCGAAGAUGCAGGGUCGAUGUUUAUAGCGAACAGCGAAGAAGAAUACUCCAUGCAGAAUUGCAACGGCGUCUUGGAGAAGAUAUCGCGCUUCCUUUGAAACCCGAGGAUGAACUCGCAAGUGAAGAAGAACAGGAUAUAGAGGAGGAUCUUGAUGAUGGUGAAGACGAAGAUGAAGUCUCUUCUGACCACUCCGAUGAAUAA